AAGAAACCCGCUGACUCAACCAAGAUCAUAGUACAAUCCAAACGUUCUUCAACACAGACCUUUUGGAAAACAAUCAACCCUACUUGCUCAAAAAUGUUCAAAUUGGUGGUGUUGUCGACGAUCUUCGCUCUGGCCGCUGCCCGGCCGGGAUACCAUUCGGCACCGUACAGUUACCAUGCUGCUCCGUUCGUGUACCAUGCCGCACCGGCUCUGAUUGCCAAGCCGGAAAUCCACUACCAGAAGAGUAUCAUCGAGGAACCCACGGUGGCUCACGUUGGAACCGUCGUGAAGCACAUUCCGACUGCCGUCUCGCAUCAGAGCUCCACCGUUGUGCACAGUUCGGCCAAGUAUUCCGAACCGAUCUUCGCACCGGCCGUUAAGCACACCCUGGUUUCGACACCAAUAGUCAAAACCUCGUACCACGCGGUUCCAGCUUAUGCCUACGCUCCAGCUCUGCACUAUGGCCAUUACCAUCAUUAGAAGAUGGGACCAGGAUACAUUCUCAGGAUGCUGCGUGGAAAAUUCAUUCUAUAGUAUUUAAGCCGUGAUAUCUUCAGCUGAUUACAUACUCAAACGGAAAUGCGCCAUGUGUGUAACUGCUAACUGACCGAUGUUGUUGUGGUACCGAUGGGUGAGGUGGUUACAGAGCAGUGUGUUCAAAACGUUUGCAGCAAUACGGUCCCACGUCGAUAGACGGACAGGGGCGGUCGAGAUUCUUUUGUUCAUUUUAUGAUUGUUGAUGAAAGAUGAGAAGAUUGAUUGUGAUUGCUGCGAAUAAAAGUGAACCAGAAAAUUAA